CAUCAAAUUACCUUGGCUGUAAGGGCGUUUACUUGAGUUUGCAAAAAAUAUUUUAACUUAUCUGCUGAUAACGUUAGUAAGGGAAAGGGAAGAUAACUUGACUUAUCAUACUAAGAUUGAAAAGAAAUAGCUCUCAGUUUUAGUGAUAAGCUAAAAUGAUUUGGUACAUUGUAUGUACAACCUUUGUGUUAUUUUUCUGUAUACCUAGUGAAAAUAGACCAAGCGAAGUUCGUGUUAACCUAACGCAAGGAAUAGUUAUAGGAUCUUUUGAUUCCUACUAUAAGUUUUAUGGCAUUCCAUAUGCUGACUCCACAGCAGGCAUUAAUAGAUUUCAGCCUCCAAAACCAUCUCCACUAUUUAGAGACCCGUUUGUAGCAAACCGUAAAAAUAUCACAUGUCUGCGACCCACAAGAGAUGGUUACGAUGGAAUCGAAGAUUGUCUGUCAUUAAAUGUCGUCUCUCCAACAGUGGACCAUACUCGUAAAUUACCAGUAAUGGUUUGGAUCAAAGGACGAGAAAUUAACAACUUUGAACCAGCGUUUAAAAAUAUUAUCGAAAGAGACGUAGUUGUCGUCACUCCUAAUUUCAGAGAAUCCAUUUUCGGAUUUCUAUGCUUAGGCACUUCGAAAGCUCCAGGUAAUGCUGGUCUCAAGGAUAUAAUUGCUGCAUUGAAGUGGAUACAACAAAACAUAGCAGCCUUUGGAGGAGAUCCAAAUAACGUUACUAUUUUUGGCCACGGUAGUGGGGCUUCACUAGUAGAUUUACUAACACUUUCCCUAAGUUCAAAGGGACUUUUCCACAAGGCUAUAGCACAAAGUGGUACUGCAAUGUCCCCUUUAGCAGUAACCAGCGAUAAUUUACAAAAUGCAAUCAAGGUUGCCGAAGCACUUGGUCAUAGAGUUGAAGAUGUACACAGCUUAUCAGAUAUAUUUACUCGAGUUAGGGCUUCUGCAUUAAUGGCGGUUAUUAAUGAACUAGAGUCUGAUAAUUUACUAUCUUUUGCACCUUGUAUCGAGAGAGUAAUCUCCGACGAUAAAGAACCGUUUUUAUUGAAAUCGCCUUAUCAAAUUUUAAAUUCUGGGGAACAAUUGGACGUGCCAUUUAUGACUGGGUUUGUGGAUAAUGAAGGUCCUGUUGUUCAAAAAGGUUUAAUUAAAGAUUGGUUUAGUAUAGUAAAUCUUCAAAAAGAUCUUAAUUUUGACACAGAAGAAGAAAAGCAGAAAAUAACAGAACAAAUAAAAGGGUUUUACUCCUUAAAUAAUUAUAUCGAAAAAGAAUUAUAUGUAACAUUAGCUGGAGAUGUUAUGGUGCAUAUACCCACCUUAAGAGAAUCUCAUAUUCGUGCUGUAACUAGAACUACUCCAAUUUAUCUCUAUCAAUUCUCAUACAAGGGGAAUCUUGGAAAUGUUUUUGUAGAAGCUGACUAUUCAAAAAAGUCAGUCCAUGGUCAGGAACUGGCGUAUUUAUUUUAUGAAAAUUCUUAUGAAGCCUGGACUGCCCAUGACCUAGCCAUUGCAGACAUGCUAGUGGAGCGAUGGACAAAUUUUGCGAAAACUGGGUAA